AUGGCAGCAGUGGAUUGGAAUGGAGAUUACUUCAAUUUGCCAAAGGAGAAGUUCCAGCUCAUGUCCGUGGGACAUCGCUUGAAUCACUUCGCACAAUGGAUUGCCCGAAACGGCAUGACGCGGCCGGCGAUUUUGAUGAGGUUCCAUUUCGGCAUGAUGUUCACCAACUAUGCGUGCUACACUUUGCUGAUGCUUUUGAUCCCAGCAUCUGGCUCCAAGGAAGACUACGGUGUGCUUCUGUUUGUGAAACUCUUGGUGUGGCAACACCUGGCUGAAGCAUGUGGUUGCCGGCAAGGGCCACUGAUGGGCCAAGCUUUUCCGAACAAGUUUCGCUACCGCUUUUCGAGGGGCACUCUGAAGCACUCGAUUUUUCCAUCUCUGGGUGGUCGCGCCCGAAAUGCUGUGGACUAUGCUGUGCAUUGUAUCUUCUUCCUCUGUGGCUUGGGUUUCUUGUUCAGUCCAUGGUACAACACGACGCUGCUGCGGCUGCUGGUCAUCUGUGACGUCUACCUCUUCUGUUUCGAUAUGACCCAGUUCUAUGCCAGUAGUGGCCACGCUUAUGGCAGCAUGCUGAUUUCUGCCUGCUUCCCCAUGAAUGGCGGGCGGAUGGCUGGAAUGCAAUUCGGGUUGAUCCUGCAAUGGUUUUUUUCAGGAGUUGGGAAAAUCGGCCCAUGGUUCGAGUACGUCAAUGGCCCGUUCAUGUUGCAAUCAAGGUUACUCAGAGGAAAUGACUGGCUGCGGCGACUGCUGAUUCGCUCCGACGAAACGAUGCGGCCCACGCCCUUUGCAGCGGUCUUGGCCCAUACUGCUGCAGCUGCCGAGUAUGUCGCGCCAGUUCUAUUGAUGAUUCCCAAUACCACGGCCAUGUGGAUUGGGCUCAUUUUAUUGGUGGCGAUGCAUGUCUACAUCUUGCUGAUGCCCGCGCCCUUUGAUGUCUACUCUUGGAAUUUCUGUUUUUGCCUCAGUGGAAUCUACCUCUUCUACUUGGGCCAUUUUGGUUUCGAUUUCCAGAGCCUUUGGACCAUGGAGCCUUUGCUCUGCGCUUUCUUCGCCCUGGAACUGCUGGUCUGUUGCUAUGGCAACGUGAGGCCUGAUGAGGUGGGCUACUAUUUAAGCCAUCGAUACUGGGCGGGCAAUUGGGUGCAGUCAUUCUUCUAUGUGAAGAAGACCCAAAGGGUCAAGGAGAAGUUGGACAUGGUAGGGCAGAAGAGGGGCCUUGGUAGCCCGCUGAGCUUGGAUGAAUCGCCUUAUCUUUCGGUGUGCUUAGGUUAUUUGAGCUUCGCUUAUCUUUGGUUGGCCACCUUCAACAUGAAGUGCAUUGUCCGCUUGUUGGAGGAUAUGUUGCAGGUGAGCGGUACCAGAAGUAUUGACGACUGGGCCAUGCUGAAGCUCUCAGGCUGGCUCUGCGGCGAGUUCCGGGACGAACUCUACGCUGAGAAGGUCUUGCCGGCGAUUCAAGAGGAAUGUCAAUUCGAGGAGGGUGAAGCGUACCUCAUUCGUCUGGGCGCCUUUGGGAUGUUUGGUCACACGGCCUCCUGGCGAAUCAUCGAUCUCUCCAAGGGCGUGGUGCGUGAAGGGACGAUGACGGCGGAGAUGAUGCGAAGUAUUGACGCGUUGCCCAGUUCUGCAAAAGAACUCUUGAUGGCAUGA